AUGAAACGAGUUAAUACAUACGAAAGUGGUGGUGAUUCUGAUGAUGAAUUCGUCGAUUCAAGUUUAAGUCCAAGAGAUUAUGAAUACGACCAUGAACAUGUAAACAGUCGAAAGAAACGUCGUGGUGUGAUUGAAAAACGUCGUCGUGAUAGAAUAAAUCACUGUCUUACAGAAUUACGAAGGCUAGUACCACAAGCAAUAUCAAAAGAAGGUUCAACUAAACUUGAAAAAGCUGAAAUUUUACAAAUGACCGUUGAUCAUCUUCGUUCAUUACAACAAAUAAAUGCAGACUCAAAUAGUCUUUGCCAAUCAUGGCCUAUGUUUGAUGCACAUGCGAGUGGCUUUCGUGAAUGCGUCGAUGAAAUAUCUCGUUAUUUAAUUUCAGUGGAAGGUUUUGAUAUUCAACAUCCAUUACGUUUACGUCUUCUAUCACAUCUUGAAUGUUUCACUGAACGAAGUAUAAGUCCAUCGUCAUCAUCACAUCAAUCAUGGCCAAUGUUGCAUCAACAAACACCAAGUGCUUUUGCAACACCACCUUUGUCAUCUUAUUCAUCUCCAACAAUUGGAUAUCAUCAUCAAACUACUCCAAAUUUUCAUCUGCAUCAUUACCAACGACCACCUAUUGAGUCAUCGUGUCAAUUACCGCCAACGUCGUCAACGUCAUCAUCAUGUAUUUAA